AUGAAUCUCAACCUCUCAGGCACGGUGAAUAUUUUCAAGUUAUUUUCUAGACCGGCUUUAUGUCUACCACAACACACUGUCGCCACAUUCAACGACUUGCCCAUACCAUUGCACAAAGCCUUCGAGGGUCAGGAUCGAAAAUGUGACAUACGGGCGGUAGUGCUCGAUAAGGACGACUGCUUCGCGAUUCCCCACACGAAUGAAGUCCACAAACCUUACAAGGAACGCUUCGAGAAGCUCAAGGCCACGUAUCCUGGCCGCCGACUGGUCAUCGUGUCUAACACGGCUGGAGCGACAUCCUACGACACCUCGCUGAAGCUGGCGAAGGAGCUGGAGGAAGAAACUGGCAUCACUGUUCUCCCUCACAAAACCAAGAAGCCUGGGUGCGGCUCUGAGAUCAUGGAGUACUUUCGCAAUCAUCCCGAGACGGGUGUCUCCCAUCCAUCCCAGGUCGCCGUCGUUGGCGACCGCCUGACCACUGACAUGAUGCUAGCCAACAUGAUGGGUGGUUGGGGCUUCUGGAUUAGAGAUGGGGUAGUCCCACCUGAGAAGAAGAGUAUUGUAAGCGGUCUUAUCUUCAAUUGGAAGGCUUUCUACUGA